UGAACUCAAACGAGCAUGGAAGAGCAACUGAAAUACAGUCCUCGCCAUCCCGGUUUCCAAAAGCUCUAUAAAAUUACUCAAGAACCAAUACCCGAAUCAGAAAAACACAGAGAAUUUUUACCGAAGGCGCUGCUUACAAAAGCACUAAAUUAUGGAAAAUCAACGUUUGAGAAGACGCGAACGAAAAUAAAAGAGAUUCAGGAAAAACGAAAGAUAGAAGCAACUGACGAAGAAAAAAAUGAUUCGAAGAUUUUUGUCACCAAAUCUUCAAAAGAUUUCGCAAAAAUUAAAGCAGACGAAACAUUCAUUGACCAACAGCCACAAUGUCAUCCAAUAAUAGGCGCAUGCGUCAUAGCUAUUCCGUACGCUUUAAAACAAGCUGGUCUCCCAAUGGGAUUGUUUUUACUCUUGGCAGUUUCCAUUAUGGUUGAGUACUCGGAAGUUUUGUUAAUACAAUGCAGCUUGCUCGCGAAAGAAACUUGUUUACAAAAUAUAUCGAAGAAACAUUUUGGCACUCCUGGGUUUGUGAUAUCUUACAUGAUACCGUACUUAUAUUCUUUAAGUGUAUUACUUACGUACAACGUCAUACUUGCAGACACUUGUACUAAGUUCACGCAGUCCCUACAACAAGCUUUAGGAAGUCAUGUUACCUUAAACAGAAAAGUGAUCCUGCUUCUUUUAACAAUAAUUAUUAUCCCCAUUUCCAUGACCACUAACGUCAAACGAAUUUUCAAAUGGUCUUUAGUCUCGCUUAUUUCUGCUUCAUUUGUCACAGUUCUGGUCACGGUACGAUUGUUUACACUGAGCGGACACGUACCACAUACAUACAAUGCAUUUAAGUUUUUGAACACGAAUAUAAUACAAUCUGUUGCAGUUAUGUCGUUCGCGUUAUCAUGUCAACACACAUGUCGUCUAUAUUACGCCACAAUCGAUCAGAGUAAGGAAUUCGAUCCCGACAAACCGGCAAGUAUCGCGUCAUCGUACAGUUUACUGUGUACCAUUGUACUUGGUUGCUGUGGUUACCUGACGUUUCGUGGAAUAACUCAAGGCAAUAUACUUGAGAAUUACUGUGAGGAAGAUCUCUUAGCAACGCUCGCAAGAAUCUUCUUCGCUGGGUUUAUAUUAUGUUUAUUUCCAAUGGAAUGUCAAAGCUUGCGUCACCUCAUCCAACAAGGAGUAGUGGUGCACCGUAAAUUUCAAAAUAUAUUUCACUUUUCCAUUACAUUGUUUGUUUUGACACCAGCUCUGUUAGGUGCAAUGCUUAUCGACUGCCUUUCAAUUGUGGUAGAGACUGCAGGUUUGAUGUUGGCUGUUCCGUUGAUAUUUAUACUACCCUCAAUAUUUUUCGUGCGCCUAUCAGCUGGCAAGUUAUAUUCCGCAACGAAGCUACCAUGUUUAAUAUCCAUAGCAACAGGAUUCACGAUUUCUGUGUGUGGUCUUACAAUGACAUUGUUUACCAAUCAUUAUUGCAUUCAUCAGUCACACAUGUUCCCUUAUUGUAACGGUAGUAGUGAAUUACUCGGACCUCUCAUAACAUUGAUGUCUCUAAACGGAAGCGUAAACUUCGAUCCGCAACGAUUGGUUUAAAUUUAACGAGUUUUG